UUAUUGAUAGUCAAUCCUCAUACCGCCAAUGGGAAUGGAAAAUCAAAAUGAUUAGUUUCAACAUUAAUGCUAUGCAUUAUUAAUUAAUGCAAGAAUGAUUCGGUUUUUAUGCCACUUUUCAGAGCAUAGAAUGCUCAGAAAAAACGUCUGAAUAAAAAUUUGUUAUUCAUUGUCGAUAAAAAUGGGUAAAAAAAGUAAAGGAAAUAAUUACUCCACCAAAGCACAGGACCUUCAAAAUUUAGACUAUGCUAAAGCCAAGGCAUCAAAUGUUGCUGUUCAUUUCAAGAAUACUGUAGAAACGGCAAACGCAAUCAGAAGAAUGACCGUCCCUAGAGCUCUAACAUAUUUGAAAAAUGUGUUGGCUCAUAAGGAAUGUGUUCCUUUCAGAAAAUUCAAAAGUGGAAUUGGAAGAAAAGCUCAAGCUAAGCAAUUUGGUGUAGUCAAUGGGAGAUGGCCUGAAAAAUCGGCGAAAAUUGUGAUGGAAGUUGUAAAAAAUGCAAUUUCUAAUACAGAAUAUAACAAUAAAGACUACGAGCAAUGUGUAAUUCAACAUAUCCAAGUAAAUCAAGCUCCAAAAACAACUAGGCGCACUUAUAGAGCACAUGGACGUAUUAAUCCGUAUAUUCGCCACUUGUGCCAUAUACAGGUGGUUAUAGGUACCAAAAAAAGUGUCUGUAUAUUUUGAAUUUAUUGAGAAAAUGCAUGUAUCAGUAUUUUUUGUUCGAAUGUUCCAAUAAAUUGUUUUGAAAAUCA